AUGAAGAGCAUCUUCAGAAGAAAGGAUCCCCGGUCGAGUCAACAUGAUCCUAGAUCAGACAGAGCACAUCUGACUCCUGCUGUCGGCCCUGAGCGCAUACAAGACUACUCUCACAAGUCACCAAAGUUGAUUAGCGAUAAAUUCACUUCUUCUGCAUUGGGCCACAACAUGCCCGACGUCUCGAUCCCUGACCCUCCAGAUCCGAAAUCGCAUCCGGCCGCUUAUCUUCGGAGCAUACAUGCUGUAAGGCAACGAACACGCCUGGUACUCGACGAGGCCAAAAGCAAUGCUCUCAACCAUUUUGAUGUUGAUAUAUCCAAGUUCAAGGAUACGGCAGAUUACGUACGAGACUUCCAGGGAGACUAUGCCUCUAUUCCUCCUCAUGGGCGUUGGCAGCAUUUCGAAGUUGGAGGACGGCCAAGAGUUACGCAGCUGCUUCAGUCAUGGCCAAAUUCGAUCGAUAAUCAAGAACGGACUCGACGACUUAUCGACCUUUUCCUCGUUUCGGUGCUUCUGGACGCCGGAGCUGGCACCAAAUGGUCCUACAAGUCCAAGGAAUCGGGUAAGGUAUAUGCUCGAAGCGAGGGUCUGGCCGUGGCGAGUCUAGAGAUGUUCAAAACUGGCGCGUUUAGCAGUGACCCUAAUCAACCCCACCAAGUUGAUGCUGCUGGGCUGCAAAAAGUCACCACCGACACUUUAGCGAAAGGAAUGCAAGUAACAGAGGCAAAUGCCAUGUCAGGUCUCGAAGGCAGGGCCGGACUCCUCAUUAGACUUGGACAAGCUCUUCACAACGCUGAGAUCUUCGGUCAUGACGGGCGACCUGGAAAUAUGAUAGUAGAUUAUUUGUUGUCCCAUCAUACUACACAGGCUGCGUCAGUGCCUAUCAUCUUGAUGCCAACUUUAUGGAGCGUCCUAAUGGACGGCCUCUCGAGCAUUUGGCCCGCGACCCGAACGAAUAUAGCGGGAAUUCCCUUGGGAGAUGCCUGGCCUUGUCAAGCUAUGCCUAAAUCACCACCAGCUCAACCCUGGGAGACGAUUGUACCUUUCCACAAGCUGACACAAUGGUUGUGUUAUUCUCUCAUGGUCCCGAUGACGAAGCUGCUUAAUGUUCAUUUUGCUGGCGAGGAAUUAAUGACAGGCCUGCCCGAAUAUCGAAAUGGAGGUUUGUUGGUCGACACCGGCCUCUUGACGCUCAAAGAGGAGGACAGGCAGAGAGGUCUCAAGAAUUACCACCAAAUGGUUGGAAACGGAAAUGCAGUUGAGGUUGUCCCGACUUUUGAGCCAGGCGACGAUGUCAUAGUCGAAUGGAGAGCUGUCACUGUGGGAUUCCUUGACGAUCUACUUGCUGCUGUGAACAGAGGUCUCGAGCUGGGCGCUUCUGAGCAGCUGACUCUCGCCCAGAUGCUUGAAGCCGGCACCUGGAAGGGAGGACGAGAAAUUGCAAAAGUUUCCCGGCCAAUUACUGGGGGACCACCUAUCGGCAUCAUAUCAGAUGGUACAGUCUUCUAA